GAAAGCAGCUACGAGAUUACAACAACAAUAAAAAUCAUUGUGAGAAAAUUUUGUUUUUCUAAAUUUUUGUGAUGCUAUAUUAACUCGAAUAAGUUCUAAAUAGUUUAUAUUUAUUAAAGUAUAUAUAAAAUUUUCUCGAAUACAUUUCACGAAAAUAUUUGCCGAAUAUCCAAUAAAAUGACAGAACAACAGAAAUCAAUCCAUCAAUUACUUAAGGAGAGCUCAUCGUCGGAGGGAUUUCAGCAUGAAAGUAGUAGUAGCGUUGUUGUUAUGAAUGAUAUGAAAACAACCAGAAUAAUUCCAAAUAAUUUAUCUCUUCGGACCAAUCCAUAUAAUCAAGAUGCAGAUAAUGCAUAUAUAUCAAAUCCCCAUACACCUUUUAGUCCAGUAUUAAGCCCAUCUCAAGAAUUUCUCAAGAAUGGCGCUACGAAAAUAGAUACGAUAAAAAAUUGGGAUGCUCUUGCGGAAGCCUUUUCAGACCUUGCACAAAAGUCGCCAGAAUUGCAAGAAGAAUUUCUGUACAAUGCAGAAACUCAAAGGAAUUUGACAAAAAAUGGUGAAAUUCUCUUAAAUGCAAUCAACUUUUUCAUUUCGUCCGUUAAUACUCUGUGUAAUAAAACAAUUGAAGACACGUUAAUAACGAUACGUCAGUUUGAAAAUGCUCGAAUUGAGUUCGAUGCGUGGCGAGGAGAUGUUCAAAUGUCUACCGGACCAGCAAAUGAGGACGUGCAAAGAAAUUUUAGUAAGCAUAAGGAGAGUUAUGAAAAAUUAAAAUCUGACGUGAUGGUUAAAAUGCAAUUUCUUGAUGAGAAUAGAAAAAAUUUAUCUAUUCAAAAAUUUAUUGGAUUAAAAAUCGAUGAAACAAAAAUGUCUCUAAAUUCAUUGGGUACAUCGAAUGGUGGACUGCCUAGCAGUCGAAUGACACAUUCACUUAGUACACCAUCUGGAGUUGAUGGAUCAGCAACAACAAAUCAUACGCGUGGGGGCGGUAAGAAGCUCGCCGUUCGCGUUCAAAUGCUUGAUGACUCAAUGACGUUAUUUCAAGUUCAGGCAAAAGCACUAGGAAAAGUAUUAUUUGAACAAGUCUGUAGACAAUUAAAUCUGCUCGAAGCGGAUUAUUUCGGUCUAGAAUAUACGGAAAGUUCAACUGGCACUAAAUAUUGGCUAGACUUGGAAAAAACUCUUAAUCGUCAAGUUGGAUUUUCACUCAUUGAUCCCUUAUUGAGAUUUUGCGUAAAGUUCUAUGCAAAUGAUCCAACACAACUCGAGGAGGAAUACACAAGAUUUUUAUUCUGUUUGCAAAUCAAACGGGAUUUGGCUACAGGAAGUUUACAAUGUAACGAUAACACAGCAGCACUUAUGGCUAGCUAUAUCGUUCAAGGUAGUUUACAUUAUCAUUCCUUUUACCGACAGACUAUUAAUAAUGAUAAUAAAUUCACAGCAUCUUGCGGCGAUUAUUCUUAUGAGGACUAUCCAGACCAUACCUAUCUAUCCUCGUAUAGAUUUGUUCCUCAACAGGAUCAAACAUUGCAACGUAAAAUAAUGGAAAAUCACAAAAAACAUGGUGGACAAUCCCCAGCUGAAGCAGAUUUGAAUUUGCUUGAAACAGCACGUCGCUGUGAAUUAUAUGGAAUGAAAAUGCAUGCAGCAAAGGAUCACGAAGGAGUUCCAUUAAAUCUAUCGGUUGCUCAUUUUGGUAUUGCUGUUUUUCAGGGCAUAACACGUAUUAAUACUUUCUCAUGGGCCAAAAUUCGAAAAUUAUCUUUUAAACGUAAAAAGUUUUUGAUAAAAUUACAUCCGGAAGGAUAUGGUUACUAUAAAGACAUUGUGGAAUUUUUCUUUGACGGACGAAACGAGUGCAAAAACUUUUGGAAGAAAUGUGUUGAAAACCAUGGAUUCUUCCGAUGUCAAGCAGUUCAAAGUGUUCCACGUCGAAAGACUAGAGUAUUAUCUCGGGGAAGCUCUUUUCGCUAUAGUGGAAAGACUCAGAAGCAAAUUAUCGAGUUUGUUCGUGAGAAUUAUGUAAAGCGUCAAACUUUCCAAAGGUCUCAAUCGUUUCGUCAGAGUACAUUACAUGCAAGUAAAAGAAGUCAAUCACAAAAUGCUGUUAAUACAAGCAUCUCAGCACAUCCUUUACUUCCUAUUGAGACCGGUUUCGGAAUGGGAGGCUCGCAAGAACAAAGACCAGAAGACGCCUUCUCAGAAGAUGAAGAUGGAAGUGGAUACGGAGAUAAUUCACCAACAAGAAACUCCUACCCCAUACAGUCGGGCGAUCAUCACAACAGCGGAGAGCUAUCAGACGACGAAAUCGGAGGAUCUAAUUCGCCGCCCGAGCCAACAAGUGGAUUCGAGUCUCUCUGUAUCUCCAGCGGUGACUACUCCCCCACGCAACAUCAUCAACAAUGCGCAAGAAGUCGGUCGGGUUCAUGUGCUUCCAGACGAUCGCAACAACUUAGCCAAUUCCGUACAGGUACAGAUCUUUCGGACAUCGAAGACAUCGAUAAUAUAAUUUAUUCUGAUAUUAAUGACUUACAUAAGUUGCAAGAACAGCAGCAACAAUUAAGUAGUAGUAAUAAUAAUAAUGCUAGUAAUAAUAAUAAUAAUAAUACUCAUACUAUUCAAACACAAACUUCAAGCGAUAUUAAUAGCUAUGAACGUGAUCAAGUUUUAAAUGAUGAUAUGGAUGAUGAUGAUGACGACGAUGAAAUUCAACCGUAUGUUUCAAGAAUGUCUUUACAGAAAAUGACGAGUAGUCAACCAUUAAUCAUAAAUAAUAACGAUUUAUAUGCCACGAUUGAUCGUAAAGCAAAAACUAAAGCAAUUAAACCUCUUUUAGUGACAGACGAUAGUGACAUGGGUGACUAUUGUGGUAAAUCCGAUAUGAAAAAUAAUGCCAAAAAUUAUUCGAGUGAAUUUAUAGACAAUAGUAUUAGGAAUAUAACAAAUGUACUUAAUAAUAUUGAAAAUUAUCAAUAUGCAGCUAGUCUUAAUUAUAAUAAUGAUGGAAGUUUGUCAAGUUAUUAUCCGAAAGAUAACGAUUCACAAUUUCACUCAAACACGACACAUUCUGACCAUUUCUUAAGAUACGAUAACGGUUUUAAUCGCGCAAAUAUAAAUUCUAAUUCCCUUCCACGUACCACUGAGAUUUCAUGCAUAGAAUCUUUAGAUUCAUACGAUAGUCAUUAUUUAACACAUAACGCUUCAUUGGGUAAUUUAGAUACUAACUCUACGCUUCACUAUGCUAGCUUAAUGAAACCCGAUAAUCAAAUUUCAUAUUAUGAAGCACAAUCAACGCCUCGAAAUAUUUAUUCAACAUUACAAACUGACGAUUAUGAGGAUGAUGUUGAAUUCUCAAAAGACCAUGAAUUGUAUGAAUUAGAGUAUAAGAAACCCGAAUAUGGAUUUAUGACAUCGGAAAGAGAAUUUCUUACAAGUGAUCGAAUUGAUUCGCCAGUAACCCGUUAUGAUGAUGAUUUUCGACGUUCAAAUUACGAAACGAAUCGUAAGUUCUCCAUGGAUGUUAAUGAAGACUUUGAAUUACCUGAAACGAAAGUGUAUUCGUCGAGCUAUCCAGGAACAACUUAUAAUACAAUUGAUCAGCAUUUCAAGCGUAACACUUAUUCGCAAUAUGAAUUCAAUGGUUCACAAGAUCUUUCUCAUGAUAGUUAUGAGUUGCUUGAGAAGUCCGAUGACGAUUUCUAUUAUAAAUUUAAAGGCAAUGCAACGAAUGACCAUCAUGCAAGAUCGUGCUCAUUAGAUUCAGGAAAUUUCAUUUCCACUGAUUACGAAAGUGAUGCAGAAGAAAAGCACGGAUAUGGCAAUAAAUAUCGAAAUUCAUUUGAGACAAAGAGUCGAAGUGCUGCUGAUAUUAUGAAUGAUUUCUUUCUUUUUGACGACCCGAGAGAUUUACCGAAGGAAAAGUUGUGCGUUAAAUCAGACGGAAGCUUUUAUAAACAUGUUAAGGAAGCGAUGGGAAUUCGCACGUCUAGUCAAGAAUCACACAGCGAAUAUCACGAUUCAAAAUUAUCAAAAAGUAGCAAUUCAAGCAAGAAAUCAAAAGAUAGCGUGUAUCAUACAGACAGUAAUAAAAAGUCUAGAGAAACAUUGAAAAGUAAGUCAGGAUCUGACUACAAUGCUUCAAGUCCGGAAGAAAUUUUCCUAGUUGGUGAGCUGUUAAAUCGAAAUAACUACGAAAUGCCAACAACAACAGCUAAAAAGACAAAAAGUCUUAAGAAAAUGAUUGAAAAUAGUUCAAGGAACUCAAGUGUCGACUCUAGAAGUGAAUAUUAUGAGACAAAAGGUAAUUCACAGAGCUUUGAUGAUGAAUCUACACAGCCAAAAGUUUUGUCACAUGACAAUCUCGUUAUGGAAAGCUUUGAUUCAGCUACAAACUUCGAUAAUCAAAUCCACUUUUCAACAUUUCCAAGUAACCAUAAAAGUAAUUCAACCGUUAAAACCAGUCACGUACAAUCAAUUAGCUUACAAAAUGUGGAAAUUGAACGAAAUGUCAAAACUUAUUCAACAUUCAAAAAUUAUGCACAAACACCUAAGGCCACUACCCUCGAUAGCUAUACACCGAAAAAGACACACAUUUGGCCCGAAGAAAUUGAAGGCUUGCAGACAGAAGUAUCUAGCAUUGAUCGAAGUAAAAAUUAUCGCAAGCGCUCUGACGGAGAAAAUAACAUAUUUAGCUUCGAUAAAGAUAAAAUUGAGUCACUAACGUCAUCUCAAGAUAAUGAAAAUGUCAUAUUUGAUAAGCCAAAGAAGAGUCCGGAUUAUCCAUUGACAUCUGAGUUAUUGUCAGAAUUUGAUAAACAAAAGAUUGAGUCACCUAAUGCUAAGCCUAAAAUAGUAAGCAGAAAAGAAGAAUUGAUGGCAAAAACUCAUUUUGAAGAAUAUAAUCCAAAAUUAAUGAUAGAUACAAAGAUUCAAUUACCAUAUCCCCACGCAACUGUUGAGAGAACAAAAAGUGAUCCGAAUUCGCUUGCUAAUCGACCUAGACUUACUGCUAAUUCACGUCGUCAUACGCUUAUGCAUCAAAAAUCUAUAGAUUUAACUCCCGCUGAUUCUAGUGAAGAUGAAUACCUUUAUAAACAAAUCCCAAGUGCCCCACCAGUCAUUAGAAAUCAUCCUCAUUUCGAGCUUCCACAAAAAUAUGAUCCAAGUAUCAAUUUCGAUUUACCACCAAACUUUAUUAAAGAUUUUGCUAAAUGUAGUCAACUUAAAGAGGAUAUUCCUUAUGUAUUACACAAACGUCAUAUUAUGAAUGGAACAGCACCGUCUCCAAAUCGCUUUCCAAAGCCUAAAAGUCCAAAGUCUCCAAAAUCACCAAAGAGCCCGAAAUCUCCUAAAAUUGAUAAAGCUACAGGAGAAGCUAAGUCCACAUCCCAAGACUUUCUAUUUACUAAAAAUAUUGAUUUAUCAAAAGUUGAUAUAAAUACACUCGAGCAGAAGGAACCGACGACUGUUGUUAAUUUGAGCAGCCCAAAACGUGGAAUAUCUAAGAAACUAGAUCCUAAGACAUUGGAAGCUCUCAACAAUAAACUUAGUCAGAUUGAGAGUGACUCAGCUACAAGCUCAAAUAGUGCUCAUAAAGUAAUUCAUAUAAAGCCUGACAUUGCUAUCACAACUAAAAUAGAUCCAGCAACUAUAAAGAAGGAAGCAAUUUUGUCUGGUAAACGUGCUGUGAAACCACGAACUGGUCAAAUUAAGAACAAAAAUCAUUUAAAGACUCGAUCGAAGACAAAAACCAGAAUCACAUCAUUCUCAUCUGAUGAUGAAAGUAUUGAUUCCGAUGAUGUAUUUGGAUCUGCCGAAGCUAUGCCAACAAAAAUGGAAUUUAGCCCACCUCAAUCGAGAAAAGAAAUUGAACCGAUAUUAAAGCAUGAACACAGCAAGCUCUCACAAGCUGCAUGGGCAAGAGGUCAAACGAUGAGCUCAACUGAGGUUGAAGGCUCACCACCUCAAGUCCGUAAACUUGCUGAUCUUGAAAAUCGAUAUCAUACUCACAAAUUAGAUACAAACUUUAUGACUUCAUCAGAAUUAAGAAGAAUAUCAGAACGGUCUAUAUCCAUACCAAGUUCUGAAGAAGAUGCCAAUCAGAGUACUUUGAAAUGUGAGCCACAAACUGAAAUUUAUAGAACAACUGAGAACUUGGCAGAAAUUGUAGAUGAGGAAGAGCCAAUAGCAAAGGAAGAAUUGGUAGAUAAAGAACCAGCUCCAAUUGUCAAAAAAGAAAUUGUUCCAAAAAGUAAAGCAAAGAUUCUUGAGGAACUAAUUGAUUCAUCUAUAAUAAUGAGAUCAAAAGGUCAUGCACCUGUCUUAUUUGCUCAUGCGAGGUUAAAUCUAUCAGAAGGAUCUGCAUUUGCUUCAUUGCAACGACAAACAGCACACGAUUCCCCAACAUCGGGUCGUAGAGCUAAAAGCCUCGAUACACCUGUCAUAUCUUUACAUCGCUUACCACCAAUGAAUGCAUUCUCAUCAAAAGAUGACACAGUUGCAUUUGAAGAAGAAGCAGAGACAUUGGAAAUAAAGCAUUUAGACAGCAGUGGAAAUGAGAAAGAAAGUCAAGAUUUCCUUGUUUGUGAAAAAUCUCUUUCACCAAUGGAACCAAAGCUUGAAAUCAUCGAAUCAUUUGUUGUCAUUGAAGAGGAUGAAUUGGAACUACUUGAUAGAUUAAAAUAUAUAGAAAAGAUUACACUACAAGGUGUGAAAAUUAAGGAAAAGAGAAAGUCUCGAACUCAAACUAAAGGUGGGAAUCAACUUAUUCUGGAAAUUCCAAAAUACAAAUUUGAGCCAUUCAGUUCAGGAAAUAGUUCGUUGAGAACAUCUCCAGCUGUAAGUCGAGCAAGCAGUGCUGAAAGAAGCUCAUCACAAAAGAAAAGUGAUACUGCAUCGCCUACAAAUACUUCGAAAAAGCCACCAAUAAAGCCUGGAAGAAGUGAUGCAAGAAAGUCACCAAAAAUUGAUAAAACUGGAGACAAGCUUAAAGUUCCAGGUGAUACUUUACAACAAGCUGGUACUAAAGAACGUUCAAAAUCAUUAGAAAAGGUUUCAUCGAAACGUUUUAAUAUCGCAAAGGAACGAAAAUCAAUAACAGAAGAAACUGAACUUGAAAAAGCAAAACGUAAAGAACGUCAGCAAAGACUCUAUGAAUCAGCAAUGAAACAAACAAUCAAUAUGUUAUCACCAGUUAAAGAUCAAUUACCUCCAUUUCCAUUGGUUGAGGAUAAAAUAUCAGUUAAAAAGGAAGGUGAUAAAAUAAUUAUAGACACUGAGAUGAAAAGUAAGCCAGAAGAUCACGUUUUAAUAGCAAAAUCCCCUCGGAAAUUAGAUAGUUCAUUAGCAAAAUUUAGUCGUAGCUGUGAAGAAGGCAAGAGUAUUGAGAAAUUGGAUAAAGCAAAUCGAAGUUUUGAAGACAGGAAUAAAUCAUUUGAGGAUUCUGAAAAGUCUUCUGAUAAAUCUGAAGAUGCAAAUCAGAAAAGUAUUCUUACCAAAAAAGAAGAAUUAAAGCGAGAAAUAGAAGGUGCUGUUGUACAUAAGAAAAUGACUGGCAAAUCUAGAAGUUUAGAAAAGAAAACUGAACAAACUUCAUUUAUAGAUGCAAGAAAUAAGACAAAAAGCUUAGAUAAUUAUGCAGAUACCUAUGAACCUAGUUUUAGAUUAGAUCUUACAAAAAUUAAUAAAGAAGUUAAGGAAGCACUUAUCAAAAAAGAAACAGAACAAAAGCAGACAAAAGAAGAAAGAACAGUCGUGUCAAAAGCAACAAGCGUGGAUAAUGGGAAAGUUCAGCAAACAAAGCAGCAUUAUAUUGAUAAACGUGCCAUAUCAUACCCGGAUAAUUAUAAUGAUAUUGACAUGCAAGCAGUUAUAUCCGAAAGAAGAACCUUAGAUUUUAUGAAAAAGCAAUCAGAAAUGGAUGAAGAAAGCUCAUUGACAACAGUCAGUGAAAUUAAGGAACAACCGGCUGACAGCUAUUUCUUUUCACGAAUACCAACAAUUGAAUGCAAAGGCCCAUCUAUUGAAGAAGAGGAAAGAUCAAUAGAAAUGCCUCCUGAUGCUCAUGACCUUGUUAAAGAAAUGGACGAGGAUGAAGAAGAAGAUGACGAUGACGAUGAAGAAAAUGAAAAUAAAUCGCAAAAAAACAAUGAGAAUAGAAAAAGAACUGGUUCGGAUGACUUGUCAGAUUUAACGAAAUGUACGGACGAGAAAAGUAAACAAGAGCAAUUGCUUUAUCAAGCACAAGCAGCCAAUAGAAGAAAUUUCCUUAAACUAAGCAUUGAAAAAUCAAAAAGUUCUGAUUCAAGUAUUGAUAAAGAUAGAGAAACGACAAAGCCUGAAAGACAGGAUUCUAGUACAAGCAAUAAAGAAAAAAGUUCGAUUGAAGAAGAAUCAAGUGUAAGCUGCUCAAUAGCAAAGCCUUUGGGUAUUUCUGAAGACUUUAUUGAUCCCAAUGAACAGAAAAGGUGCAGAGAGUUGUUUGACACAAUGCUUAAACUUGAGAAAAUCGAAGAAGAAAGCAAACUUCCGAAAAAAUCGUCACCAACUUUGGAAAAGCAAUUUCCAAUUGAUUUGGGAUCUGGUUCAGAUUUAGACUAUACAGAUCCUGUUGAGGAGAGGAUUUCAAAAAUAUUGGAAAGAAAUGACCAUGAAAUCAAACUAGUCAAGCCUAAGAUACAAAAGCCACCGAGAGAUUUGUCAGCAUGUAAGAAAGUAACAAGAACAAUACCAUUUGAAGACCUAUCACAGCCACCUGAGCAGCUACAAGCGAAAUUAAACAGUCAUAAAUAUUUAAAUGCUACAAACAGCGGAAGUUCAUUGGAAUCAAAAUCAAGUGUGGAUUCAAAAAGUUCAUUGAGCGUUGAAUCGAAAGAAUCAUUUGAAACAGAAAGUAGUUCAGGGUCAUUAGGAAAGGCACAAAAGCGCGGAGAUCUUGUACAAAUGCAAAUGCAACCAACUUUCAAGUCGUUUCAAAUUGAAAGUUCAGGCUCAUCGAAUGAAGAUCCAAAUUGGCAUCCUGAUAAAGAAACUUAUGAAAACUUUGACAUUGUGGAAUCUCCAUCAGAUACAGGUGGUGAGGAACAUACAGCUAAAGAAAGUGACUCUGAUUAUCAAGAAGAUCCAAAUGAUUAUCAGCAGCCAUAUGCUUGUAGUUCCGAAACAUCCAGCACUUCAACUUUGAGUGUUAAUGCAAACUCGUUAGGAACUCUUGGAUAUGGAACAGGAUUUGCUAUUGGACGGACACUAUCAAGGAUAUCAGAAAGAAGCACAAAUUCAGAAAAAUCAAGCAACGAAGAGGAAAAGACAAGUAUCGAAGAAGACAUUAGUAACCACGAGGAAAUAAUUGAGGAAGAAAUGGAGGAAGAGGAAGAACAUUCUGUAGCAUCAAGUGAUCAUCAAGCAAGUAUGAGUUCAGACAUUCAAAGUAAUUCACAUCAAGCUUACAUAUCAGAUACGGAUCGUAGAACCUCUGCAGAAAUGCCCGACAUUCCUUGUGAUACAGCUGCUGCUGAGAGACUUGCUGAAUUAUAUUACAAAAAUAAUAUGAAAAAGACAGGCAGAUUUUCUGUAUCCAAUGUUGAAGAAAGCGAAAGUAGGAAUCGAUUGAAAACUGAUAUUUUAGCAGGUUCAGGAAGUAGUCAAGAGUCUGAAGAUUGGCCAUUGCCAGAGAUCCCAGAAGAUUUACAAAGAGAGCAGCAAAGCUUUUUGGAACGAAUGGGUGAUAAACCCAUACCAAAAACAUUCUCUUGGAGAAAUAGCACAUCUGGGAUUCAGUCGCAAGACUCUGAAAUAUGGCCAUCACCGCCAUCAAGUGUAAUUGAAACUCCUGUAAUCGAAAAUGUUCAAACGUUUUACAUGAACGAACCUCAAAAGGCACAACCAGUUAUGAUUGAGUCAUUUACUGAUACACAGAAUGACGAUGAUGAUGAUGAACCGGACUAUGCAGAAGUUGCAGAAAUCGCACCAGAUCCACCACGUAAAGAUUAUGAAAUAGUAAUUCCAGGACCGAGUGUUCCAUGUGAUCCCAGAACUUCUCCAAAGAUUUCUGUCAUUCAACCUUAUGAAGAUUCAUUUUUCAUGUCUACUGAACCAUUUAAAGCUUCCCCCAAAGAAAAGAGUGGAUGUUUCGAGUCACAAAUGGCAUCUGCAAAUUGUUUGAAAUCAACAUUGAGAAUCUGUGCCCCAAAACCUUUAACUGGAUUAGGUCAGCAGCCUAGAAGUCCAGAUAAAGUAAUUAUUACUCAACCAAGUCGAAGUAAUUCUAGCGCACUUCUAAGUCCUUUGUCGGAAGAUGAAUUCAUGCUUUCAGAUGAAGUUUUUAGUCCUGGCACAGUAAAGAUUGAAAUAUCACCAGAUAAUGAUGGUCGACUAUUGGACUUUGGUUUCCAGCAAAAAUUCUCUCGUGGCUCAGAUACAUCAAUUGAUGAUAUGCUUUCAGCGUCAUUAAGUACUUUAGAUGAUUCACGUCGUGGAAGUUUAGAACCAAGAAGAUUAAGCAGUGGAUCUUGCAAGAAAUGCAGCGGUGGAAGUCACUCUGAAGAAGAAACAAGUUCUUUCGGAACUGAUCUUGAUGGUACAGUUAAAAUGGGAAUUCCAGCAAGAAGAUGCACUCAUAGCUCACACUCUGAAGACACGUCAAUCGGAUUAAGUUUGUCUGAAUGGUCAACGGGAACAAAUACAGUUCGUCAAUAUGCAAAUUUGUCUGGUUCCGAUAGUAUUUCAGCACAAUCGAAUCCAUCGAAUGCAGUUAAAAGCGAAAAAUCAAAUAAUACAAAAUCGAGCGUUAGUUCUAUCAACAAAUCAACAGAAAGUUUGAAUGAGAAAAGCAUGAGUUUAUCAUGCGGAAAAAAUCUUGCAUACUCAUUCGAAAACAAUCUCUCUAAAGACCCAAGUUCUGACACUGAUAAAAUUACUUCAUCCGGAACAAAUGAUGAAUCAACAUUAACACUGACCGAAAUGGUUCACAGUAUGACUUCAGAAUGGUCAACAAGUACAAGUCAAACACUUGUUGAACAUGAUUUCAAUAAAAAGCAACAAAUGGAUCAGAAAUUUGUUGAAAAGGGAAAAACAGCUAUUGAAUACAUGCCUUUAAAACCACCGAAAAAUGUCAAGAGAAUUGUUCCAUCAUCAAAUGAUAAAACAAAUGAUAACAUUGCAGGAAUUCAUCAAACUGUUUCAAAACCAAUUAUUGUUGCCGAGAAACCAAAACCACUUGUCAGUUCUAAGCCAAUGAUUAAAAUACCACCAAAAAUUGUGGAUGUAAUUGAAAAACCAAAAAUGUAUCCAAAACCAAAGAUUCCACCUCCACCAGUUGAUAGUUUGGAUAAACCAGAUCUAAUUCCUGAAAAGUUCAAUCAACCACAACAAUGCAAAAGUCAAGAAGUAUCUGAAUCUGAAUCGUAUAGUGAUAAAUUAUACAAUCAAAGUGACAAACUGACUGAACGAUAUCAAAGUCAAGAGUUUUUACCAUAUACAGCAACACCUAGCACGUCAAAACCACUAACCAAACAUCAUAGCUACGACGAUAAAACAUUGUCAAAAUCACAAAUUCGUGAAUAUAAAUCUUCAAAGGUGCGUCAAAGUCAAUCAUUCCAUGAACAUUUAUUAUCGUCUGAUUUAAAUAAAAUUGAAGAAGAAAAGUUGAGUUCGUCAACCACGACUCAUACAAGUGAGACGACAAGUGAAUCAUCUCCAAUGUUCUGUCGUCCUGGCAAACUGAUUAAAUGUUCACCAUAUUAUUCGAGUAGUUUAAGCUCGGAUACACCAUCAAUUCAUCAAGCAAUCCUUAAACCACCACGAAAAAUCUCAAUUCCGAAAACUUUAGAGCCACAAAGUUCAAAUGAUACAGAUAGUUCAAUGGAUUUCCAUCAGAUGGAAGCAGCAAGAGCUCGAGGAUAUCGUAAAAAGAAACAAAUUCCAUUAACAAAGAGAAUUAAGAUGGAUAGAGCAGCAGAUUACUUAGAAAGCUCUGAAUGUUCUGAUAUUCCAGACAUACAUUCAAGUAGUUCUGAUAAUGCUCGUCGCUAUCCUGACUUUGAGGAAGAAGAUGAAAACUUACAAGAAGAAUGUGAAGAUUAUGGAUUUAAAAUUGACGGCUCAUUCCCAAGCACAUCAACGAAAUUCGAAACGCUCGAUUUAUCAGAAAAUGUUGAUGAAAUGGGAUUUCCUAAAUACGAUAGACUUCGUCAAGUAUCAAACAUUCCACCUCAAAAGCCUGCACGACAAAAGAAGAAAAUUCAACAAAAAGUCGUCUAUCCAAGUGUUCAUUAUUAUGGGCAGGACAGCGGUAGUGGAACAGAAACAAAGGCUGGAUUAUCAGAUGAUGUUUACUGUUCAAGUGAAGAUAGCUUCGCAGCAGGCUUUAAACAUUUAAAAGCAAAUUCUAAUACUUCAUAUAAAAAUAUUGAAUUACCUUAUCCUGAUUUUUUGUCUGAUUACGAUGAUAAUGAAAUGGGCGCGGUUGGGUAUAGCAAAAAGAAUGAUUCCGAAAAGAGUUUCGAUUCCGAUGACGAAGAAUUGAAUUAUCAUGGCAUAAAUGGAUCAUUGGAUAGAAGAAGCGAACCUCCUGCCUCACCUUUGUCAUCAACAAAUCGAUAUGACCUGACAAUCGGAUCAGAUAAAUCAAUGACAUACGAUGUAGCGGAAGCAGAGAGAAACAAUCAGAACAAUAAUACGAUAACAUCGCCAUUAUCAAUUGUCUCAACUCAAACCCACAGCAUUAUAAACACAUUAGAGAGGAGUGACACAUUAAGGAAGAAAUUGCCAUCUGAUAAAGCUUACUUUAUAAGUAAAGAAAUUCUUAUGACUGAAAGGACUUAUCGACGAGAUUUAGAUGUAAUUAAUUUGCGUUAUCGCAAAAUGAUUGCACCUGAUGACGUCGAGAAUCUGCAGCCAUUAUUCGAUUAUUUCGAAUCGAUGGUUCAACAUCAUUCCAUUUUCUUAAGAGAUUUAGAACAUCGAAUAGUAAUGUGGGAAUCACGUGGUGAUGAUGUUAAAAUUAGAAUUGGAGAUGUAAUGCUUAAAAAUAUGGUUGUGUUGCCAAUUUAUGAAGAAUAUGUUGAGUUUCAUCGAGAGAUUAUUCAGCGACUCAAUGACCUCUAUUCAACUGACGAUCGAUUCCAACAAGUUUAUAAGGAAUUUGAGCAGGAGAAGGUCUGUUAUCUUCCGUUAUCUACAUUCUUAUUGAAGCCAUUGCAUCGAUUGCUGCACUAUCAGAAAUUACUGGAACUUUUGCUUGAAUAUUAUUCUGAUGAUAUUGAUGAUAAGACAGAUGUGCAAGGUUCAUUGGUUAUGCUGUCUCGAACGAAUGAAAUAAUUCGUGAGCAUAUUGUCGAGACAGAGAACUAUGUUCUUUUAUGUGAAAUUCAACGUGAUUUAGCUGGAUUUGAUAAUCUAGUGCAAGAAGAAAGAAAGCUCAUAAGACAAGGAUGUUUAUUAAAGCAUUCACGAAGGGGAUUACAGCAGAGAAUGUUUUUCCUAUUCACAGAUGUUUUAAUCUACGCUAGUAAGCCCCAGUUUUUACAGACAUUCAAAGUCCUUGGUCACGUCCCAGUUAGAUCAUUGUUAACUGAAAAUGGAGAGCAUAAUAGCUUCACAAUAUUUGCUGGUGGUAUCAGUUGGACUUUAUCAGCAGGUACGACACACGAGAAAAAUUUAUGGAUGGACGAAUUGCAGAGAGCAGCUGCGAGUCUCAAACAUAAAUCUCCACAACUAACAGGAUUUAGUGGAAUUAAAUGCUGCACAUCGUCUGAAGAAGGACUUGAAAUGUGUGGACUGAAUUCAAUAACACCAGCAAAUGUUAAGACUCCAGUAUCAAGAAACAAUACAUCACUUCAUGUCUGUUGGCAUAGAGGCAUCACAGUUAGUCUAGAGGAUCACAUUAAAUCAUCAGAUAGUCAAAUAUCCGGAUAUUUAUUAAGGAAGUUCAAAAACUCAUCAGGAUGGCAAAAGUUAUGGGUUGUUCUUACUCAAUUCUGUCUCUUUUUCUACAAGAGCUAUCAAGAUGAAAUACCUCUAGCAUCACUACCGCUUUUGGGAUACUAUGUUGGCCCACCAUCAGCGCAAGACGCAGUUCAAAAAGACUUUGUUUUCAAAUUAUCAUUCAAAAAUCACACAUACUUCUUCAGGUCCGAAAGUGAAAUUAGUUAUCAACGUUGGAUGGAUAAUUUGAAAGGAAUUUGCGUAAAUAAUCAAAAACUAGUUCGAUAAAAUUUAAAAAAAAUUCGAGUACGAUUUAAAAACGUGAGUGACGAUAAAUAAAAUUUUCAAUAAUGGUAGCUACAUAUCUAGUUAUUCAUAGAUUUUUUAGACUAUUGAAACAACUCUUUUAUAUUAGCAAUAUUUAAUACAAAAAAUACGGUGUUGAACAAUAAAAAGAA